UUUUUUUUUUUUUUUUUUUUUUUAAAGGAGUAACUAUGUAUUGAUGAAAAAUUAUUUUAACUACUAAGCCUUAAUGAAUGACCUGGAAUCAGAGAUCAUUUUUAAUAAUUUGUUUUAUGUACUUUGUAUUACAUUUUUAAAAAAAAAUCUAAUGAACUCUAGUACUGCAUUGUUUUUUUAAUUGGUAAUUUUAACAAAGGCAAUUGUGCAUUUUUUAAGCUGCUUAUUUUUUUCUAGAAAAUGAAAAGGCAAGUGUUUAAAAUGCUGUCCCAGAAGAAAGACUUGAGUGUUAGUAAAGUUCAGCACAGCUGUAUAUAAGCCAGGCAUUUUCACAUCAUCACUUUCACACAGCUUUAAGUAACGAAUAGCAGAUGACAAAUGCAGCGACUCAUAACCUACCCACAUGUCAAUUUCUUAAAGAAAAAUGGUGCUUUAAAAAUAAUUGGAUAGGGUUGGUCAGGCUGCAGAAAUCAAUCUUAAACUCAAUGCGAAAUAUUUACUGUAUUAUAAAUACAUGACUAAACAGUGGCGCUGGAACCAUUUUUAUAGUGGGGGUGCUGAAAGCCAUUGAGCAAAACUGUAACCCCUGUAUAUGAUGGAAGCAGGUGCACAGCACUUCAAUCCAGGGGGUGCUGCCGCUCCCCCAGCACCCCUAGUUCCAGCACCCCUGUAACUAAAGAAGAACCUUUUCUUGUAAUGACAUCUUACCACUGCUGAUGUUGUUAUUAACAGUAUCUAUUUAGAACAUUCUUUAUAGAUUUAUAUUUUAUAUUUGUAGAUGCAUUAUUAAUUCUAAGCGAAGACAUAACGAAACAGGAACUAUUACCGAAAGCAUUGCAGUUUUGAAGCCGAGCAAUAUAGAAACUGCCGACUUUGGGUUUUAGGAAUGUUGACACGUAAGAGCAGAAUACUAAAUCUGGAUCAUGCUUUUACGGUUCCGAACUUCCUUAAUCCAGUUUAGUGUGUAACGGAACACUACAGUAAGAACAAUGAGGACUGCUCAAGGCAUCUACAUCGCCCACUGUAGAUAAGUUGAAUAUCUUUGCUGGGGGAUCGCUCUCAAGAGAUGAGCAGAGUCUGAUGUGAAGUUGAAGCAAGAGAGAUGGAGUCUUACCCGAGCUUUUACCUGCUGAGUUUCCUGGCUUUGACCAAGACUGCGCACACUGUUGAACAGACACCUCAGUUUGUGCGAGCGCAGCCGGGACAGUCCGCCACAAUCAGCUGCAAAUCAGUUUCAAAGAACUUUGAUGGGCUGUAUCUGAGGAGAUUCAUCCAGAAUAGUGAAGUGCUUUACAUCCACAAGUCAGGAAAGACGACAAUAGACAAGAACUACACUCACCUCAUUAAAACUGAAGGGGAUGCAAAGAAUUGCACCAUAACAAUCAACAAUCUGACGGAGAGCAACUCGGAUGUGUAUUUCUGCCAGUUUGUGGAACUCGUUGUGGAAACUGGGAAUAUAACCAAAGUCCCAACUACUGGGACUUUGAUUGUGGUUCAAGACGAGGUGAAGAAAGUGACGUGUCCUCUGGUAGAUCCGAAUCCUCCCAGUUCUAGCCUCCAGCUGACUUCAACCCUGAUGAUUGUCACCUCACUAGCCGCAGUCUGUGUCCUCAUGCUCUGUAUCAUUGCCCUGAUAAUAUGGCAGCUCCCGAAUAUUAAGAAGUGUUUUGCCAAACGGAGAUUCCAACAAGCAAAGCAAGACACAAUCUAUGAAGACAUGUCCCAGCAGAGGUACAGCCAUUAGAGGACUGAGCACGGAGGAGUGUUUUCCUUGUAUACCAUUCAGUAAAAAGCAUUGCACAUGCCAUAUAUGUGAUGCAUAAGAACAAAGGAAGAUUCACGCUUUCAUUUUUUUUAAAAAUAUGCUUUCUUGAAAGAAUCCCUUAGCACAAGAACAGAAAGGGCAGCGCUUAAGACAGUUUCAGGUGGAGUUUUAUGAAAGGGGCUCUGCACAAUGUCAAAGUGAGCAAGGCAGCUUGUGUUGCAAAAUGCUUGAUAGGUAAAAAGUAAAGAAGGUCUCACUUCAGCUGUCUAUUGAGCUGUGGAGGACAUUCUUCUCUGCAGAGCCAUGCUAAACCGUGCUAUACCAUGGUAAAAAUGAAGUAGAGCGUCACAGAACAAGAUAUUGUUAAGCAUGGCAAAAUAUGAUGGAAUACAUAGUAUAUGCAUUUAUUUUAUUAAGGCAAGUAUAGCAUUUAGCUAUAUUAUAGCAAACUUGUAUACUUUCCAUUGAUUGAUUCAAUUUCAUGGACUGUCUGCUUUGCAUUUGAUAGUUGCUAGAUGUGUGCCAUACCACAAGCCACAGAGAAUGUGUUUAGAUUUGGUUAGAAAUUAUUUGCCUUAGCAUUUUUGUUUUAUAUAAAAUAAAAA